GGGAGCCAGAAUAAUAGUCAGUCACAUUUGAAACCCAGAAAAUGCAAAACCGCCACCACUGAACUGAACUCACUUCUUCUCUUCUCUUUCACCUAACAAUGUCACAGAGCGUUCAUCUCAUCUGUUAUGGACCAUCAGAUAGCAAAUGUCUACCUUGUUCUGGAAUUUCCAGAAGAGUAGCCUCUGUGUAUCCUUGCUCUUCUCAUUUCAAGUCGCAGGUCAGGGUUGGAUCACUAAACGGUGCUUAUGCUGGGGCGUCUUUUACGUGCAGAUCAAGUUCUAGUGGUCGUAAUAGAAAUCCAGAAUUUUCAAGGCAAAAUAGGCAAGGAUACUCCCGGGGGAGGAACAGGAGAAAUGAAGAUAGGGAUGGCUUUGAAAACCUUGAAGAAUCUGAUUUACUUUCUGCUAAAAAUGGGCCAACGCACUCCCUCCCUAGUAACACAAAAUUUGGGGCUACUGCAGCCCCUGGUCCCAGAGAAAAAGAGAUUGUUGAGUUGUUCAGGAAAGUCCAGGCUCAGCUUCGGGAGAGAACUGCUGUUAAAGAAGAAAAGAAGGUUGAACCCGUGCAAGGGCAAGGUAAAGAGAAUGAAACUGUGGAUUCUCUUCUUAAACUACUAAGGAAACAUUCAGCUGAACAGGCAAAGAGAACCAGUAAUGGGGUUGGAAACAAAGACUUUAUGUUAGACCAACCAGAGAAGAGUGACCGAUAUAGUGAAAGAAAAAACAGGGGUUCUUUGGAUUCAAAUAACAGCAUGAAGGACUAUGCUGAAGAGCCUACUGCCUCUUUGAGCAGGCCUGCAUCAAAUUUUCGACGCAAGUCUCCCAUUAAUCGAUUGACAUAUCAGCCUAUUUAUUCAGAGGAUGAUGAGAUAGUCAAUUCGGUGCAGCAUGUGAAUUCAACUGACAAAAGGAAAAAGAAUUAUGCUGAAAGAGUUUCUAAACCAGAACCAGAGCAGGAGCCUGAGCUUGACAUUGAUGUGGAGUCGGUACUUGAGGCUGAGCCUGAGCCUCUUCACGUGAACGACAUUGACUUUGAGCCUGAGCCCGAGCCUGAGCAAGAGAUUGUUCAGUUGUUAGAGGAUGAGACUUCAGGUCCUGAAGAAAAUGUUGAUGAUGAUGCUGAUGAGGAGGAGGAGGAUGAAGACAAAGAGCAACUUAUUGAACAGAGGGAUUUGAGUGCAUGUAAGCUACCAGAAUUAAGGGCACUUGCCAAGUCUCGAGGCAUGAAAGGGUUCUCAAAGAUGAAGAAGGCCGAGCUUCUGGAGUUGCUAAGUGGUGGGAGCUUGGAUUGACUCAUGAAUGCACGGGAUACUAGUUCGACAUUUGAAUACAGUUGCUACAUUUUUGAUUUGGUUUUAUCUAUUUUAGCCGCAUUUGCACUUGUUAUUAGUCUUUCACAGAAAAGUUAGUUUGUUGGGCGUUUCCAGUUUGGGGGGUUUUUUCCGGAUCAAUGGCUGGUCUGACCCCAGUGCGAAUUGGCCUGUUUUUUUGUUUUUGUUUAGUUCAGUCAUCUUAGGGAAGCUGUCAGAUUUAAUUUACCUGUAGACGAGUGAGUGAGCGCUCUAUGUAUAACUGGUGAGCUAGUUGAGUACUUGAAAUAUCAAAUUCGUAUCUGUAGUGUCUUACUCAAAAUAUAACUUGUUGGUCU